AUGAUAACAGAAGAUUUCUUGAAUUAUGUUGAAGAGCAUGAAAUAGAAGAACUUGUGAAUGAGGAGACAAUAAUUCAAUUAGUUCAAGGCGGUGAAAAUCAUGAUGAGGGAGAAGAUAAUGAGGGAGAUGAGGAGGGAAAUGAGUUGCCAGAUGUUUCUGCUAAGGAAGGAUUGAAAGCGUUAGAAAUAGUCAAUAUGUUUUUGUUGCAACAGUCUAGAGACUGUUCAGAUGAGAUUAGAAA